AUGUCUCAAGCAAUUAUAAAUAAUGAAAAUGAUUACAAACUAGCAAGAUCCAAACUACAGCAAGAGAAACAACUGUCACAAUCACAACAACCACAACCUAAUAGUAUACCUACAAUUGCAUCACAAGAAUCAGGAUCAUCGUCAUCAGUAUCACAGCCUACAAGGGAUUCUGAACCCCAAACCAUUGCAGUUCCACAACGUCAAUACUUGGGAGAUGUAUCUAAUCAAUAUAUAACAGUAGAGGAUCAGCAACUGUCAACACAGUCACAAACCAUACAAACAAAUCUAAUAAAGAGAAAGCAACCUUUAGGAGUAUCUCAACAACAACAACAACAGCAGCCGCAACAACAACACCUACUUCAUAAAAUACCCAAAUCCAUACCAAUUGCAUCUGAUACCAUUGCUAAUCUUGCAGUACCUGCCAGAAUCCCACAAAAGAGACAAGCAACUGAAUCAUCUACCAACCUUGUUGAAAAAUUGAAAAUACCAGAUGCCGUAGCUGCAGACAAUGUUGAUAAUAUUAAUAAAAAGACCAGAUUAAUAGAUUAUGAAUGGCAAGAUCUUGAUGAAGAUGAAUUAGAUGAUCCCCUUAUGGCAAGUGAGUAUGCUAAUGAUAUUUUCACAUAUUUUGCUGAUCUUGAACUGAGAAUGUUACCUGAUCCUCAAUAUUUAUAUAAACAAAAGCAUUUAAAACCAAAAAUGCGAUCCAUAUUGGUUGAUUGGUUAGUUGAAAUGCAUCUUAAAUUCCGACUCUUACCAGAAACUUUAUUCUUGGCUAUAAAUAUCAUGGAUAGAUUCAUGUCGAUUGAAAUUGUUCAAAUUGAUAAAUUACAACUAUUAGCUACUGCAUCCUUAUUCAUUGCUGCAAAAUAUGAAGAAGUCUUUUCACCCCUGAUUAAAAAUUAUGCUUAUUUUACAGAUGGAGCUUAUGUUGAAGAAGAAAUCCUUCAAGCUGAGAAAUAUGUACUUACAAUUUUAAAUUUUGAUUUAAAUUAUCCAAAUCCCAUGAAUUUCUUAAGAAGAAUAUCUAAAGCUGAUGAAUAUGAUGUCCAAUCCAGAACAUUAGGGAAAUAUCUUCUCGAAAUAACAAUCAUAGAUCAUAAAUUUAUCGGAAUGAAACCAUCCCUUUGUUGUGCCCUGGCCAUGUAUCUAGCGCGUCUCAUCAUGGAGAAAACACCAGUAUGGAAUGGGAAUUUAAUACAUUAUAGUGGAGGAUAUCGUUUACUUGAUUUAAAACCAUGUGUUGAAUUAAUAUUUCAAUAUUUGAUCUCACCGGUUGAACAUGAUGAGUUCUUUAAGAAAUAUGCUACCAAGAAAUUCAUGAAGGCAAGUAUAUUAUGUAGAAGUUGGGCUAAGAAGUUUUAUGCUGAAGGAAAAUCAUUGAUGUAUGAAUCUAAGAGUACUCAUAGAAUCUCAAUGGAGCAAUAA